AUGGAUUACUGGAAGUACUACAUCAACGGCAUCGUGGCAGACAGGAACGUUGAAGAUGUGGCUAUCGUGGGCCUCUCUGACAACAAGUGCGUGUGGGCGGCCAAGCCAGGAGGGCUACUCGCAGCCAUCUCGCCUCAAGAACUGGCCUUGAUCACAGGCCAGGAUCGGAAAACGUUCCUGCUAACGGGAAUCACCGUAGCUGGCAAAAAGUGCAGUGUGAUUUGUGACCACCUGCUGGUGGAUGAAGACAACAUGAUGGAUGUCAGAAGCAAAGGCAGUGACAGCAGAUCCAAGGGCAAGACCCCGAAAGCCCUGAUCUUCCGCAUGGGCAAGAAGGGAGUCCACGGACGAGCCCUCAACCAAAGGGUCCAUGAUAUGAUUGUGAGCAUGAAAGCAUGA